CUCUCUCUCAUCUCUUCAUUGCAAGCACGCACAUCUUUAUGAAGUGAUCUAUCUUCUUUCGAAAGUUUCCUUCUUCCUUCAUGGCUCGGGAUUGACGGUCAUGAUCGACGGCUUAGCGGGAAAAUGCCAGAAUGCCACCUCAACGCCAGCGAAUACUUUCGGGUGUAUUGAACAGCUGCGUCACAUAUCACCUCUGAUGGGAGGGGUUUCCGGGAGAGAGGCUGUAUGAAUAGUCACUAAUGGAGGGGCAGAUCAGUUCAACUUAUUCAAUCAGUCGCCGUAAAAGCUGCCCAUUUGCAACAGACUCCGUGAGUCCUUGAAAGACUUCAUCUAAUUAUCUUCAGUUGCUGCGGCUGUCGCUGCCGCAGUUUUUAAUUAUGGUGAAAUAAUCAAUCAUCCUCGCCCUAACGCUCAUUCAUGCUUGUUCUCAGACGGCAUUUUCCCACUUUCGAUUCUUCAAUUGGUUCGCGCCUAAAUAUUUGGCGCCUAACAAGGCGCGGCUAACUCCCUAUGUAUCAAUGCAUUGUCAUUUGAUAAACACAUGUAUAUACCGCACGGACACGGGCCAUACUGGCAAACAACACACUACGAAGAGCGUAGUCGGAAGAUUAUCAUCCGGAGUUCGUAUUCUCGGGGGAAUCAUCCACCCGUGGGCGUACAUCUCACCAUGUUGCCGAUAUUCCCAGUCAUCCCCCCCUUGUUGGCGGAAGCGACAUGCGAGCCUCUCGUUAUGUUAAAGGAACUUGAAUGGGUUGACUAAACCACCUGCAGGCAACCAAGGUGAUUGAAGACCUACUAUAUAUAAACAGAGAAAUAAUUUACGAUUUAUCUGAAUAACUGCCCAGCUUCUAUUAAGCUCCUUUGAAUAGGUACACCUCACAAAAACGAAACGGGAGGCCGCCCCAAUUGUUUAUUGAAUCAAGGAAGAUAUCUCGCAUCAACAAAAUCUUCUCAAACGGAUUUAUACCCUGCCUUAACCACCAUGUCGACUGCUGCCAUAUACAUCCUCUCCUCCCUUAGGUGCGUGGUUGGAGUAUCAUUUCUCGCCGUCCCUACACAUAUCGCCCGCAUCUUAUGUGUACCCCCAACACCUCCCGCGUUGAGCAUCAGUCGAGUCGGCGGCGUCCGCGAUAUUGUGUUUGGAGCUGCAUUGCCAGCCGCGAAACCACCAACCAUGAAACGGAACAUUCUUGCCAUGGGUGUUGUGUCGGAUACCGUGGACAUUGUUGCUGUUAGCACCUUCUAUGCAACCGGACACAUCGAUGGCUUUCCAGCCACGGCGCUUAGAAGUGGAUCAUUGCUCUUUUUGGUUUUGGGGUUGGUUGGUCUAAGAGAACUCCGAAUUGCGCCGGGUCGCUAUAUAAAUGAAGGAUACCAAUAACCUGGAUUGUUUCAUGCACCUUGCUGCCCCAACCCCGAUGCAGAGAGCUCUCGAGCUGAUUGCCUGUAACAUUCCCUAAGAUCGGGUGUUGGGAAGUACCAAAUCGGGCAUGUCAAGUCAGCUGUUUAUUCAAGCACCACAGGCAUUCACCCCCUCAGAAUUAUGGUUAGGAGAGAGAAUGGAUGUUGGUAACUGGAUUACAAGUUAAAUUCUUAGCGCUAAUAAAACUUUUGAAAGCGACCUCUGUACAUCUGUACAUGUACAUACACACUAGUUUGUUAUAUUUGACCUCACGCCAUCUGGGAUUGUUCCAUAGCUAAGCUUUUUGUAGGAGUUGCUCCUGCAUCAGCCUAGAUUAUCAUAAAUACAUUACGGAGUACAGAUAACCUUGAAUCUUCCUACACUUUUACUGCGGCAGCAGCAGCAAUAUUCUGAACCUUUUCUCCUUUUUUCUCCGUUUUUAACUAAGGUCAAUUUACUAUACACAUGCCCUCAGUAUAUUUGGUUUCCAGUCAUUUCAGUUUCCUGCACUUGUCUGGAUAUCGUGAACGCAGCAAUUUAGACGUUUUGAGAAAAUUCACAAGUUUUUCCCUUUCCUGGGACUGGAUACUGGAUCUUCAAAUCACAGCCUGUUCUGUUGGUGGCGGUGUUGUGUUUUCUGAACAUAUGUCUUAGGAGAGAUAGGAAAUGAUGCUCUGUUCGCCGCCGAUGCUAGGGUGGGGUGGGGACCAAAAUCCGAAGAGGGGUUCUAGCUACAUACAUAUAUACGCGAAGAAGAUUAUGGAUGUUUUUAU